AUGUAAUCGAUUGGAAACCAGAUCUUAUCAAAAUGGUACUCAACAAAUUACACUUAUAGAGCACUGUUUUAAUAUGAAGUGAAAGAGGAGGGUUACAUUAUGGGGUAAUUGAUAGAGAGGAAUGAGGAUAUUUUGGAUGUUGUGGUCCAUACGAUUCGUUUUACUUACAGAUAAGGAUUUCAGGCAUAUCAAUGUUAGGACAGUGCAUUGACAACAGAUUCUGGAUGGGGAUGUGUAAUACGAGUUGGAUAAAUGAUGAUGGCAGAACUCUUGAAAAGACAUUUAAAGUGUUUCUACAAAGUGGAUCUGUUUUCGUUUCCGCCUCUUUUGCAAGAUGUUUUGUAGAUGUUCAAGGAUGAUGAUGAUAUGGAAAGUUAAAAAGGGUUUUCGAAGCCAUCAAAGUAUGGAUUUUCGAUUUAGAAGAUAAUGAGAGUAGCAUAUAAGGAAUGGGGAAAGAAACCUGGAGAAUGGUAUAGUCCAAAUCAGAUAGUUUAGGCAAUCUACAAAAUUCUAUAAGAGAUUAAUAUUCCAUAUUGUUAUGGUUUGGGUUUUGUGCCAUUCUACGAGAGUCAAAUAGACCUGAGAGCUAUAUUUUAAGAGAUGUGCAUGAUGGAGGAUUGUGUUUGUCAGAAGAAAGUCUUUUCUAUUGAGUAAUUUUUGAAAUCCUUGGAAAAACUGGAGAUUGGCAAGGAGGAAAUGGUCUAGGUUAUGCAUGGGAAUGAUUCAAUUAGUGAUGUGUGUUGUGAAGAUCAAUCAGAAUAGAAUAAGAAGGAGAUUGGAAAUCUGCUGAAGAAAUACAUAUGCUAAAAAUGUUUUGUCCCUGUCAGAGCAGUGGCAGUAUGUUUAUUAAGCAGAAUCGGAUGUGAUGAACCCAAUCCAGAUUACUUAUAAGCCAUAAGACAAUUUAUGAAGAAGAAAUAUUUUGCUGGGAUGUUGGGAGGUAGACCUAAAGAAGCGAAUUUCAUUGUUGGUUUUGUCGAUAAUAAAUUUGUCGUUUUGGAUCCUCAUUUAGUAUAAGAAGCCAAGAUGAAUCCAGAAGAAUAUAUUAAAUCAUGUUUUCCAGGUGAAGCUCUCUUUAUGAGUGAUAAAGAAAUUGAUUGUUCUCUAGGAUUAGUGUUCUAUUUGAAAAAUUUGGAUGAUCUGAUUGAAUUGAUCUAUGAUAUCUAGGCUCAUUAACAGAUUAAUUUCUUUUCGUUUGCUCACAUUCAACAUUGGAAAUACACUGAGACUAAAAAGGAGGAUCAAAUUAGAAGGAUUAGAGAAAUGCAUGAAUUCCUUAAUGAAUUUUUGGUUCCAUAAUAAUAAUAAUAAAUAUUGAAUUUAGAGAUUUCCACUUAUCAAGAAGCAUAUUCUAAUGAUAGUGCAUCUUUUGAUCAACAACCAAUCUUGAAAGAAAUAGACUCCAGUUAUGAAGAAAUCUGA